UUCCAAUUGUAUGAUAUAGAAUUGACAUGUGGAAAGCAGAAGUUAAGACAUGGUUGGAAGGACCAGGUCGGAGUGAAGGAACCCAGAAAUGUAGGCAGAUUCAGAGCGGUCCAGCCUCCAGGUUCGUGUAUAAGUAAAGGCAUAAUGGCCAAGUGGUAAGGCAGGAUUAAACAGGCUUUGUUUUAAUCAGCUUUCCACACAGAAAUGGGUGUGAGUGCGAAUGCCAAUACUGGAGCCUUCCUCGUCUUCUUCAUCGCUGCAAUCUUGCUGGCCUUGUCCACUACCUGUACAGCUUUAAACAUCACUAAGUCGCUUGCGCCGUACUCUGAUUACAGCACUCUCAGCGAUCUUUUCAGUAAGACCAAGCUGACCGAUGCUAUAAACCGUCGCCAGACCAUUACCAUACUAGCCCUGGACAAUAAUUCCAUCCAAUCCAUCACAGACAGGUCCAGCGAUGAACUGAGGAAGAUUCUCAUGAAUCACAUUAUCCUCGACUAUUACGAUAGGCAAAAGAUCCAAAAGCUGGGGAAGAAGAGCGCCCUCCUCACCACCUUGUAUCAAACCACUGGUUCCGCUAUAAAUCAACAAGGUUUCGUCAACAUUACCAGGAUAGCACGGGGUGAGGUUGUAUUUGGCUCCGCCGUGAAGGGUGCACCCCUAGUUGGUAAGCUUUUGGGGUCUGUCAUCGCCCAGCCUUUCAACUUAUCUGUGCUUCACAUUAGCACACCCAUUGUAGCUCCUGGCUUCGGCGAUGCCAUCCUUGCUCCUCCUCCACCCCCGGGUUCUUCCAAGCCCCCGGCCGCUGCUCCCAAGAAGUCCCCCAGUUCCCCUGGUCCAUCCGAGGAAGAGGAGGAUGAAGAUGAAGCGGAGUCCCCUUCACCAUCAGAAUCGCCGGCUGAAUCUCCUAAGGCCGGGAAGGCGAAGGCGAAGUCCAGGUCGAAAUCGCCUCCUGAGCCCGAUUCCGACAACGACGAUAACGCUGAAGAGCCUACGCCUUCAGCUUCUUCUAGAGUAGUGUGGUUAAGGGUAGGCGUUGCAGCGGUUAUAGGAUUGAUCGCAAGUUUAGUAGCAUUAUGAGGAAGUUACGGUAAAUUGAUGAAGUGGAGAGCGAUAACAUAUUUUAGCUUUAUAUUCUUAAUUAUAUAGUAUAACGAAAGCCGGGCUUGAGAAUAGCCUAAUCCCCGUUAUGACAAUAACUGAUAGACAAGGUAUAAUUAAGGAUUCCCAUUUACUUAGUUUUAUAUUAAUGUCAGAUAUCUUAAUAAAAUUCCUAGUACUUUUCUUGAUCAAUAAA